AUGGGCAAGAACGUGCAUGCCGAGUUUGGCGCAAACGAGGAUGAAGUCAUUGUCUGGAGCGACUUCACCGCAUGUGCAAAGAUAUGGUGUCUCAAGACUGGCAGGGCCGUAGAAAUACGCGAUCCGAAGUUUGUAGGCAAAGACGGAAAGGGCUGGGGCUAUCGGCCGGGCGAAGAUACGGACUCAAGAGGUGGAAGACGAAGAGGCGGCGUUCUGGCAAUGCUAUGUCGUGCAGCAGGCGCCGAUAUUCUAUUGCUCCUGGCUCCUGGCACGUACAAGGUCAUCAAUCGCGUCGAGCUUACGACAAGCGAUGCGGCAGGGCUGAGAUGGAGUCGCGACGGUCGCUGGCUGGCAGUCUGGGACGCAGCUUCUGCCGGCUACAAACUCCACAUCUACACUGCCGACGGUCAUUUGUAUCGCGCCAUGACCCGCGAACCCUCAGACGACGUCAGCGAGUGGGAUGUGGAAGGCUUGGGUAUCAAGACGCUUGAAUGGGUGCCUGGGAACGAAUGUCUAGCUGUCGGUGGCUGGGACCGUCGCGUCCGUAUCCUCUCUACACGAACCUUCGCCCCGGUUGUUUUCCUGGACCACACACCCGUCAUCGAUGUGCCCAGCGCGCCUGUAUACAGCGAACAUGUCGACAGCCAGGGCAACCGCAGCUUCACAACCUCGCAGCAGCCUGUCACACCUCCAAAAGCAGCCUUGGAGAAGAACGAAACCGGACUCAUGAAGCAGGGUAUCGGCAUGUUGACCUUCAACGCAGACGGCACGCUAUUUAAGAACCUGCUCUGGCACCCCACCGAUCCAAACCGUCUGCUCAUCCAGACGACCCAAGACGAACCCACUGUAUACCUCUACACAGCCGCCACCUCUCACUCACCAUCAUCCUCCACUUCUCAUUCCACAUCCGCCCACCAAUCCUCUUUCCAACACCCCCCAGCUAUUCUCACCUUGUCCUCGCAAAUCAGCAAACCAGCAGGUUCAGCACCACCCCGCUGGUCCACAGCCUGGCUCUUCACCUCGCCAGACAAGAAACCCGCACUCGUAUUCGGUCACCAGCAAGCACACGUACUGGUGUGGCCGGAAGGCAAAGAUAAGAUCCUACGCUUUGAACGUGACGAUGAGGACGAGCAGGAGGAGUCAGACGACAGUCUGUUCGAUAUACUCACUGGACGGACGCCGAUACCCGAGUUGAACGGGGAUAUUAGGGAGGAAGAAAGGAUGGAGGAAGAUGAGUUUGGGGAUAGUGUAGGGACGGUGCAGGGACUGGAUGAUACGUUUAGAGGGAAAGGGGGGAGGGAAGAUACACAUGACGAUCGAGAAGGCGAAGAGAGGGAGCAGAGUCUAUACGAAGAGGGCGUGUUGGGCGAGAGUGGUAUGAGCGAGAUGUUCUAA